AUGCCCAAGAAAUCCAACAUCAAGAUCAUAGAGUUUCUCACUGGCCGUAUCUAUCUCGGUGCCUAUGACUCCCCUCCUCAAGAUACUAACCAGACUGUUUUUUUCACUGUGGAAGAUCACUUGCCCUACAACCCUUUUCACCUCGACUUUGGCCCUUUGCACAUUGGCAAUCUUUAUCGCUUUGCUGUCGUUCUACACAACAUCCUCAACGAAGACUCCAACCAGGGCAAGGCAAUUGUCUUUUAUUCCUCCACUGGCCCCAAAAACAGAGCAAACGCUGCUUGUCUCCUAUGCUGUUAUAUGAUUCUAGUGCAAUCCUGGUCUCCCCAUCAGGUCCUACAACCCAUCUCCCAAAUCAAUCCUCCAUUGAUGCCCUUUAGAGACGCUGGCUACUCAAAUGCUGAUUUCGAAAUAUCGAUCCAGGACAUUGUCUAUGGAAUAUGGAGAGCCAAGGAGAGAAACAUGAUAGACCUAACAAACUUCAAUCUAGAAGAAUACGAGCAAUACGAAAAAGUAGAAGAAGGCGAUUUCAACGUAAUAUCAAAGGACUUUAUUGCUUUUGCUUCUCCACAGCAAAGUCACUACCACAAUAACCCAAGUGCCAUCACCAUCACCAACAACAACCAAUCAAAAAAUCACCUCAACAAACCCUUCAUAAAAGUCUUAAACUACUUUCAAAAAAAUAACGUCCAGAUGGUCAUCAGACUAAACUCGCAUCUUUACGACAAAUCAAACUUUGAAAAUUUGGGUAUCCAACACCUAGACAUGAUCUUUGACGAUGGCACCUGUCCUACAAUGCAAAUAGUCCAGGACUUUAUAGGUGUCGCAGAAGGCGUAAUCAACAAUGGAGGCAAAAUCGCUGUUCAUUGCAAAGCAGGUUUGGGAAGAACUGGUUGCUUGAUUGGCGCACACCUAAUAUACACUCAUGGCUUCACUGCCAACGAAUGCAUAGGUUAUAUGAGAAUGAUUCGUCCUGGUAUGGUCGUAGGCCCUCAGCAACAUUGGCUCUACCUCCACCAAAACGAAUUCAGAAACUGGAGAUACACAAUGGUCUUGGACAACAUCCCAAAGAAAUCUCUUGCUGGCUUCACUUCUCUAAUUUCCUUUGACAUUUUCAAAGCAAGACAAAAACAACUCAACCACUCAAACUCAAUCUCAAAAAAAACUUUCCUAAUAGCAACCCCAAACAGAAGAAGAAUCUCUGGCCAAAUGAAAAAAAGAAUACACAUCGCUGUCCCAAUCCAAUCUCCUGGCCAACCAAGAAAGGCCCCAAAUAACUCUGACAAUGAUAACGAUUAUGAAGAUUACGAUGACAAUGAAAUUUACAAUGAUAAUAAUAAUAAUAAUAAUAAUAAUAAUAAUAAAUCUAGCAAAAAUAAAAAUAAAAAUAAAAAUAAGAAUAAAAAUACCCAUAUUAAUAAUGAAAAUGAAAAUAAUCACAUAACCGCUGAAGAAAAUGAAGAAAAUGAAGAGAAUAAAGAAAAUAACCAAAUUGAAAUCAUCGAUCCAAUAAACGACCCUUCAAUAACUCAUAAUCACUCAAAUUACAAUCUUGAAAACAACGAUAACUAUCUCGAUAAUGACAAUUCAAUCAUCAUUCACAAAGUUAACAAUGUUUCUGACGUAGAAGAAAUUUCUGACCUACAGAUACAUAUUCAAAAUAAAACUUAUUCAAAUGGAAACUAUAAUACUACUGCCACUACCACUACCAGUACCAGUACUACUGCUAUUAAUAAUAACAAUAGUCGAAUUCAUUUAUCGCCAAAUCACUCGCCAAAUCAAAGACCAAGACAAAAAAUUAGCAUCAUUUCUUCAGAAGAAACAAAAGAAAAUAUCAUCUUGAGAUCAAUUACAAAUCCAAAUUCUAAAAGAUCUUCAUCAACUCCAUCAAAACCUAUUCAAAUUAACCACACUAAUUCAAAAAAUUCAAAUAAACCUACAAAUACAUCAAAUGUAUCUUCUUCCCCUAAAAAUUCUGACCAAAAUCAAAUUUUGCCCAAAUCUAAGCAAAGAUCAAGUCUUCGAUCUAGAAAUAGAUUAUCCAGUAAUCCAAGUACUGAAAAAGUUAUCAAUGGGGGUAUUAGAAAAACUAGUGCUUCAAGAAGAGCAUAA